ACGCAUGCCCAGACAGCACAUCCUCCAUCUUAUGUUUGUUGUGUAUCGCAUGUUUCAGGUUGAAUUUUCAACUCGGAAGAAUUGAGCCUAAUGGUUAAUUUUCUCCAUUUUCAUUAAGUUGGAGAAAAAUUGAGAACAUUAUCCACCCUUAAACAUUAUUUAAGUAAGCUUGAGUAUUAUGUGUGUUAUUUUGUUGGCUAAUCUGACUAAAAAUGUAGUUGACUCAUCAUUCGGCCAUGAAUGUUAAAAACAACCAAGAACAGAAGGCGGUACAUGACGGAAUGGCGACGCAACUUAAAUGAAAGAAACUUAGUAAAUUUCUCAUAAAAGUGUAAACGCUUAAAAGUUGAAGCUAGUCUAAAAUCACAUUUUGCUAAAGAGUAAAAAAAACUACAUAUUAGUUUUAAGAUGAACAUUUUUACAUUAUAGCAUUCUUUAAAAAAUAAUUAUACAACUCCUCUUGAGAUGUGGUAGUAUAAUCACAGUGAGGUCAGGUAGUGGUGUAUUAACAAGAGGUCUGUCUUGUCUGGACAGAACUGAUUCAACAUGAAUAUUUUAAAAACCUUAUUGAGUGAAUGUAUUUUAAGUAUCAAACUUGGCACGAACUAACACACACACACAGGUUGUUAUUCCUUCAAGUUCAUGCAUGUUAACCCCACUCAGUCUUGGGUCACUUGCAACCAGUAACCAUCAAAUUGUUUUGAAGGCAAUCAAAAAUUAAACAUUGGCCAAUAUCUUUAAAGUUUAAAGACUGCAGUUUAUUGUAAAUAUUAUUAGCAAGUUUUUUUACAAUGAACUUCAUCAUAGUGUUACAUUCAAUGCACACAUUAAUAAACUCUAGUCUAGAUUUAGGGCUAGGCCUUACUUUACUUUAUGAUUUAUGCCAUAAUUAGGCGCCUUAAAUAUGCCUUAUAGUAGCCUUGGUACUGUGUCUAAUAAUCCAGAAUUAUGAGUCUAACUUAAUGUGUAGGCCAAUUUCCUUAAAACUAUGUUUACUGUAUUCCAGUGUUUCCCAAAGUGUGGUAUGUGUACCCCUAAGGGUACAUGCAGAGUUUUGUGGGAGUACACGCUGCAAAAAUGUUUUUAUUGUUAUUAAAGUAUAUGCAAUUUUCUUUUAACAAGGGGUACUCAGUGUUAAGAAAGUUAUAGACGGGGGUACACAGAUGUCGAAAGUUUUGGAAACAUUGCUCUAUUCCAUAGUUAAAUGUCUUGCUCUCUGGUUAUAUUAGUUUUACCAGUUUUUUUAAAUAAUCAAAAUUAUUUGUAGAAAAGUGAUGGACAGGGUUAUAGCUGGGCUUAACUCUUAGACACAGCUUGGGCUUAACUCUUAGACACAGCUUGGGCACAAUUAGCAACUUUAAGGUUAAGCCCUUGAAUUUUCAUCAUUACCAGUCACUACUAAGGCUAAUAUUCUACAAAUGCAUUUUUGUAUGCUUGUCAUUUGAUUAACAGGUACUUAAAAUGAUAAAAAUCUCCCAAAUUUUUUAGAAGGCCUGGUUUGUGCCAAAUCAAAAUAAAGUAUAAAGUUGUAAAUAAUUCUUCAUAAAGGUUAUAGUGUCAUUUCGCAAUUCCCUGGGCUGGGAUUUCUUUUUUCCCCACUUUUGGAUUUGUUUUAAAAGGGAUAUCAAUUUUACCCAAUAAAGCGGCUAAGAAUAUGAUUUUUCAAAUUUUUUCUGUGCAAUUAAUACUUGAAUAGCUUGAUUGAACGAAACUAACACGUUUGAAUAUGUUAUUUUUGUCCUUAUUAUUAUGUUAGUAUUAUUCAUACAAUAAACCUUGCAUGGUAUGUCACCGAUUUUUUUCCUGUUACAGCAUGUGUACUACAAGGAAUAAUUUUUAAAAUCAUUUAUGUGAGUCUUACCCUAUAACUGUCAUGUGCUCAGUGCCAUCAAGCCAUUUUUAGCAUUUUGAUAUACCUGUCUAAAAUAACUAAAUCGUAUGAAAAUUGAAUUCAUAUACCCUAACAUGUAUGCAUUUUUGUUGAAAAUACCGGGUACAUAAGAUAAUGAAUCAAAUGGUAUGAAAAAAGAAUUAGUUUUUAUAUUAUGUAAGUUUAUAUUGACCAUGACCUUUCACUAUUCUGCAUUCAACCCACCCUAACACUCUCUUUGUUAUUCUUUCAUUCACUUAAUCAGGUUUUUAAAUAUUCUUUCAGAAAAUGUCAAUUUAUAGGUACCGGGUACUUAAUUUGAGAGAUGUUAUUUUGAUCAAUUGUUUUUAUUUACUCCGGGGGGUGGGGGGUGCGCACAAAAAUUUGAUCUACAAAAUGCCUUUUCAUUGAAGUUAUUUUUUAAUCAAUUUUGUAUUAACACUCCAGAUCAUAUAUACAAACAUAAAUGUCUUUCAAUCUCUUUAGAGUAGGUUUUUGGGAUCCAAUCGUUCUCUUUUCUGUUCAAUUUCCACCCUUCCAACAUGUCUUUAACAAUAUGAUAAACUUAGUACUAAAAUUGUCGAUAUCUCAGUGUUGUCGCAAUCACUGCUAGUGCUUAUACUAACUAUCAUUCACUAUCACAUGGAAUAUCUCUGAAAUCAUUGGUUUCAUUUGAAUCCAUUUGAAAAAAUUCCAAAAAAGAAAGUCUGUGUUAAUUUUGAAAUCUAGAGGGACCCUCUCCAGCAUCGUUCAUAAUGGCAGUCAAUAUCUCUUCCAAUUAAUCAUGAAACAAGCCCUGAUAAAAGCGCGUUUUCAUACAGAGACUGAAAUUGCAAGAAAACUCAUUUCUAUAAAGUGAUUUGCCCGUAACCCACUUACAUUAGAUCAAUACCCAUUUUGAAUGAUGAUUUAGCUAACACCUGAUUAUAUAGGCCAUGACCCCACAGAGAGGCAUAAUAGCAGAUAAUCUACCUUUGUAACUGUGUUGGAGUUAAAAAUCAGUAGUACAUUCUGUGAUGUCUUAAGAUAGAACAUACAUCAUUUAAUUCAAAAGAUCCAGUUUAGGGAUGACCAGCACAGAAAACUUUAAGUGAUACAUAAACAUAUAUAUGUGACUUUGUACAUUAAGGCCCUCAUUGUCAGAGUCACUACUAGAAUAAAAAAAUACAUGGCCAGCAGGGAAAUUAGGUAUCAAAUUUUGCCUUAAAAAGAUAACAACUGCAUGUCAGGUGCUGCUGAGGGGACUCUGCUCUUGGACCCAUCCAAGCUCAUUGUCCAUUCAAUAUAUUUUUUAAAGUGUAAGUUAAAUUAGUAAUAUUUCCUUCAUAUUUACUUUCAAACACAUGAAAUGAAGUCCAUGGAAUUAAUGUACUAAAGCAAAAAUAUUGCUAACCUCUUCUGCGGAGAACAUGCUAGUAGAAUAAAAAUACAUGGCCAGCAGGGCAAUUAGUUACCCAACUUUGCAUUAAAUAGAUAAUUAAUGCAUAUCAUGUGCUUGGGGGGGGGGGCACUCUGUUCUUGGACCCACCCAAGCUCAGUAUCCAUUUAAUAUAUUUUUUAAAUUAUAAUAUAAUUUAGUAAUCUGUCCUUCAUAUUUACUUUAAAAAAAUCUCUUUAACACCAAUGAAGUACAUGGAAGUAAUGUACCGUACUAAAGGAAAAAUAUUCAUCAUCAUCAAUGGCACUACAGCCCAUGUAGGGCCCUGGCCUGCUCCACCACAUCCUUCCAUUCGGAGCGAUCCAUGGCUUUCCGUCUCCAUGCUCGAACCCACAACUGGUGUAAAUCUGUCUCCACAUGAUCAAUCCACCUUAUCCUUGGGCGAACGAUGAGUCGUCUGCCCCUAGGCUUUUGGCUGCUCUGCAUUCCGGCAUCCUUUCAACAUGACCUGCCCAGCGUAUUCUGCCUUUUUUUAUUAUUGUGACUAUAGGUGGUUCUUUGUACAAAUAGUAAAGUUCAUGGUUUGUACAUAUUCUCCAGAUAUCAUUUUCUAUCACUGGUCCGUAUAUUUUGCGGAGGAUUUUCCUCUUCCAUGUGUUGAGCAGGUUCUCUGCUUUUCUGGUGAGGGUCCAGGUCUCACUAGCGUACGUUACUACAGGUCUUAUGAUGGUGGUGUAUAUUGUCUUCUUUGCUCCCCUUAAUAGGUUUUUGUUUCCCAGUAGCUUUUGUAGACUGAAAUAGGAACGGUUGCCUGCUGUUAUCCUUUCUUUCACCUCUGACAUUCUCUCAUUGUGCUCAUUUAUAGUUGCCCCUAGAUAUUUGAAUGUGGCCACUCCCUCAAAUUUGUGGUUGUUUAUAUUGAUGUUAUCAUCAGCAUGGGAGUUUCUUGAAAUUAUCAUAUAUUUUGUCUUCGGUUCAUUUAUAUCAAGGCCAGCUUUGAAUGAGGCAUUUUCAAGUUCCCCAAAUGCUUUAAUUAUGUCAUUACGGUUUCUACCCAGUAGUGCUAUAUCAUCUGCAUAUGCCAGGUACUGCAAUGGUUGGCUAUAUAAGGUUCCUGAUGGUCGUUGCUCUGUAGUAUCUCUCUGGAAAUAGUUUGUUAUGGUUCCACUGGUGCUAAUGUGAAUGGUUCUAAUAACUUUUUCUUGCUUGAUGUUAAACAGGAUACAUGAUAGUGAGUCUCCUUGUCUGAGGCCCCGAUUAACCAUGAACUCCCUAGAGUAUUCUCCCUGAACCUUGAUUCUACUUUUGGAGUUGGCCAUUGUCAUGUGUAUGAGCCGAGUAAGCUUGUUAGGGACUCCCAAGUUCUUGUAAAGCAUUGUAUAAGUAAUUCCUGUUUACGCUAUUGUAUGCUGUUUUGUAAUCCACAUAUAGUUGGUGUAUGUCGAUGUUAUAUUCGUAGCAUUUCUCUAGGAGACAUCUUAUAGUAAAAAUAUGAUCCGUGGGUUGACCUAUUCUGCCGGAAUCCACAUUGAUAGUCCCCUUGGAUCUGUUCACUAUACUUUUCCAGUUUUCUCGCUAUAAGUUUUGUGAGGAUUUUGUACAUUACAUUAAGAAGGGAGAUACCUCUAUAGUUUGAGCAGAUCAACUUAGAUCCCUUUUUGUGAAUUGGGAUUAUGAGUGCCGUGUCCCAUUCAGUUGGCAUUUCUUCCUCCUGCCAGAUUCUGGUUAUAAGUUCGUGGAUUUGCCUAUGCAGUUCGCUACCACCUAGCUUUAUGAGUUCUGCAGGGAUAAGGUCUAUUCCUGGGGCUUUGUUAUUUUUCAUGGUGGAGAUUACAUCUUUUAUUUCAUUUAAAGUUGGUUAGUUGACCAGUGGGUCCGGUCCUCCUUGUGGCGGGGCGUAAUCCUCAUUGGUUCCUCCACCUGAGCCAUUCAGUAAGCCUUCAAAGUGUUGUGCCCAUCUCUCUAGUACUCUACUGCUCUCUGUGAUCAAUUCUCCAUCCGUGCUUUCACACAUAUGGGAUCUUGCUUGAAAGCCAUUCUUUUCCUGCUUUAUCUUCAGGUACAUUCCCCUCACAUCUCUUUCUUUUGCCAACUCUUCUAUCUCUACUAUUUUUUAUUUUUCCCAAACACGUUUUUUCUUUCUGCAAAUUUUGCUGGCCACCCUUCUUGCUUCAUUAUAUAAUUGUCGUGUUCUUCUUGUUUCCCUUUGCAGCAUCAUUAGCCGAGCUUUGUUUCUUUGUUCUAUAAGUUCUUUGCAUUCUGCGUCAUACCAUCCUGUUCUUUUCACUGCUGGUUUAAAUCCAACAGUUUCCUUUGUUACACUUGUGACUAUUUGCUUCAUCUUUUCCCAUUGCUGGUUUAUAUCAACGUUGCUGGCUGAUUCUCUUUAGGAUAAUUCUAGUAGAGUUUCAAUCUUCUGUUGAUAUUCCUCAGUAAUUUUUGGAUCCCUACAAAGUUUCUGACUAUUGUACUGUUUUUCUCUUUUAUUUUGUUUAUUGUGGAUGUUACAAAUUCUUUGCUUAUAUUUGAUUCUAACAAGCAUGUGGUCAGAGUCAAUGUCCGCCCCUUUACAACUUUUCACAUCUGAUAUGUCCGAGCCAUGCCUCCGGUCGAUGAGUACAUGGACUAUUUGAUUACGGGUAAAUCCAUCUGGAGAUAUCCAUGUCGCUUUAUGUAUUUGUUUAUGUUGAAAUACUGUGCUACUGAUUAUCAUUCCUUUUCCAGAGGCGAAGUCUAUAAGACGUGUUCAUUUGUCAUUGCUCUCAUCAUGCAUACUUUCCUUUCUGAUUGUUGGUCUGUAGACUAGUUCUUUCCCAAAUUUCACAUUGAAAUCGCCAAGGACUAUUUUGAUAUCAUGUCAUGGAGCCUCAUCAAAUAUUCUUUCCAGUGUUUCGUAGAAAUUUUCCUUCAUGCUUUCAUAUGUAUCUUCCGUUGGAGCAUGAGCGCAGAUUAACGUGAUGUUAAACAUUUUUCCUCUAAUCCUUAUGGGGCAUAAUCUUUCACUCACUGGUUUAAACCCAAUGACUGCAUUUACUGUCUCUCUUUUGACUGCAAACCCUGUUCCUAAGGUAUUUGUGUUGUUUCCACAAAGGAAAAAUAUUGCAAACCUAUUUUGUCGACAACUUACUAUUUACACCGCUAAUUCACAUGCAGUAAAUAAACUACACACAGACAAAUGUGAUUAAAAACUCCGUCUGUAGAAUUAUCUGGAUGUGGAUUUCUCUUUGUGCACAGUCGUAUUAUGUGGAAUACUUUUAUUGGAAUUCUUUUGUUGGGAAUAAUCUGUUCAUAAUAUUAGUUAUUCCAACUUGCUAGACACAAUAUAAAUUUUUAGAUAUUAAUCUGGAAAAUCUAGUUAAAUUGCAAAACCCAAUCAUAUUUCAGUCUUUGCUAUUUUUUUCUAUUUGGGAUAUGGUCAUCAAUGGCACACACCUGGCCCUUUUCAAAGCUACAUACAACACUACCAAUGAAUUGUUAGAAUUAUUUUUUUGUCUACAGUCCAGUUGUAAGGGUCAAAUGUUCAGGAUUACGGGAGUGCUUACUACUUUCCUUUACCCAUUUGUAAUUAUUUUUCUCUUAUUAACCUGAAUGUCGUUAGAAGUUCUUUGUAAUUGAUAUAUGAUUUUUUUUUGAAAUGCCCACAAUAACUUAAUCUGUCUGCUCCAUAUUGUUUUAAUUUUGUUUGGUUUACAAAUCAUCUGGUAUAAAUUUUUUCUCAUUGCCUUCUAUACUUUACCGGUUCUCAAAACCUAAUUUGAUUCCUACACUUCAUUUUCUUCAACCUACACUUGUUCUUACCUUUAAAAGUAAAUGAGUUUAAACUUAUUAGUUAUAGGCAAUUUAUUAUAGUUACUGCAAAUUUUUAUUCACAAAACUUUGAACCAGGAUGUUUGAAAAAUUAGUUAAUAAUCAUUAGCUGGUCCAGAAUUAAAUUACUGCCAUAUAAAAAAACUGGUGAAAUUAGAAACUCAGCAAUUUCUGGUAAUUCUAAGAUCAUCUUUCUCAAAAUAAAAUGAGUAAAACAGAGUAGGGUUAAACCUGAAAAAAUAAACGCAACAAAACAGCGAACGUGUCGGCAGAAAGCCUUCGUCAGCGAACAAAACAACAGAAAAAACGUUAUAUAAAAAAAGAAAUAGCACUUAGCUGGUAAGUAGUAUCUGUGGGCAGCAAUAGAAGUGUAGAAGCACACUUCUAUUGCUGCCCACAGAUACUACUUACCAGCUAAGUGCUAUUUCUUUUUUUAUAUAACGUUUUUUCUGUUGUUUUGUUCGCUGACGAAGGCUUUCUGCUGACACGUUCGCUGUUUUGUUGUGUUUAUUUUUUCAGGUUUAACCCUACUCUGUUUUACUCAUUUUAUUUUGUACUAACCUGAUUGCAGUCUCUCCCCUUAUUACCCCAUCUUUCUCAAAACAUUUUGUUCAUUCUUUCUCUCAGACUAUAGUCUAAAAAUUAUUUGAAUUGUAUAAAUUUUGUCUAUAAGUUACUAUAAGAAUUAAAAUUCUUACGGUAGGGAAUAUUUGUAGUUCAUUCAUUGGUUGUCCUAGAGUUCCAAGUGGAGAAAAUGUAAUUUCAUUAGGAUAUUAAAUGACUAAUGUAUACCUUGAAACACGUUAACAAAAGAAUGUUCUAAAGUAGAAUGAGAAGAUAAGUUUGGUUUUCUAGAAAAUUCUCAGUAAAAUUUGUAUUUUAUAAUAGAAGAAACAUUUAGUGAAGUAUUCAUGAAGUUACAAGUCUCCUCUAUGAUUUACAUAAAAUCUUGUUUUCACUGAAAAUGUAAAAAUAAUGAACCUAAUAAAAAUAUUAUUUGUCAUUUUUUAUUUCAUAGUUAAACAGAUUUUGUUAGUGCUGUUUGAAAUCUAUAGUUUUUACUUUUCUUGCUGUUUUUUUUUAAAUUUAAAUUUUAUCUGUUCUUCUAAGGGUGGUAGGUCACAGUGGAGUAGCUAGAGCAUGUGAUGCUUGGGAUUGUCCUUGAGACCCUCACAAGCUGGAAAGCUUUUUUUUUUUUUUUUGCGUUAUGUAAACUGCGAACAUUGAAAAAAAAAAGUUGGCGCCCUUUUUUUUUUUAAAGUGGUACUAGUAAUAUAACAAGUGUUGUGGCUGAUUAGAUCAACAAUUUUUGUGGUGUAUUUCCAAAUGUGAAUAAAAAUUGUGCUUUCCGGGGUGUCAUUAAAGAUCCAGUAAAGGAAAAAAAUCACAAAAAUGUUGUGAAUUUGUUUUAGAAACAACAAUUCGCAGAGCAUCUCAAACAUUCAGGGGGCAUAAAUUGAGGGCACUGAAGGCUCAUGAUCGAUAGAAGGGGAGUUGUAUGGGGAGACCUCUGUUGUUCUGUGCCUGCAUGGCUCUCCCCUGGUUCUAACAUAGAGUAGGCAUCAAACAUAUAUAUUGAACAUUCAAUUUUGGCCUAAAAAAUGCUGUGUGUUUGCAGCGGACUGCUCACUCAGUCCUGUCCCCCCCACCUCCUGUUCUUCCUACACCUUUUGAGGUGCUCAGGUGGGGUAUGGGACAAAAAAGAUUGGUAAACACUUAUGUAAAGAAUCACUACAUAUUUCUAAAAUAUGCAAAUUUUUCUCCGAAUAAAAAUAAUGAUCAUGGCAUCAGUAUUCCUUCUUCCUUUUAUUUAAAGCUUCAUAAGUCAGGUUUUUUUUUUUGUAUGCAUACAUCCUAAUUUUGUUUAUCAAUUUGUUUUCAGAUAAUAAAAUGGGGGCAUUUUUAGACAAGCCAAAGACUGAAAAACAUAAUGAGGGUGGUGUGGGAAAUAGGUUACGCUAUGGCCUCUGUAGUAUGCAAGGCUGGAGAGUUGAAAUGGAAGAUGCACACACAGCAGUAGUUAGCAUCCCCCAUAAUCACCUUAAAGACUGGUCAUUUUUCGCUGUCUUUGAUGGCCAUGCGGGUGCUAGAGUUUCAGCUGUGUGCGCGGAGGAACUAUUGGAACAUAUAACUCAAAAUGAAGACUUUCGAGGAAAACCAGACUUGACAGAUGGCACUGAGAUCCAGCCUUCCAUUGAAGAUGUUUUAGCUGGAAUUAAGAAGGGCUUCCUUAACCUAGAUGAGAAAAUGCGAGCAAUGCCAGAGGUGGUUAGUGGGGAAGAUAAAAGUGGCUCUACAGCAGUAUGCAGUAUUGUGUCUCCCAAACAUAUCUUUUUUGCUAACUGUGGAGAUUCGCGUGCAGUAUUGUGCCGAAAUGGCAGAUGUGCAUUUGCCACCACUGAUCAUAAACCUGUUAAUCCUAGAGAGCGUGAGAGAAUUCAAAAUGCUGGUGGUAGUGUCAUGAUCCAGCGAGUAAAUGGCUCAUUAGCCGUUUCACGAGCGCUUGGAGACUUUGAAUAUAAAAAUGUAGAAGGAAAAGGUCCAUGUGAACAGUUGGUGUCGCCAGAACCAGAGAUUUCAGUCAUGGACCGCAAUCCUGAUGACCAAUUUAUGGUAUUGGCCUGUGAUGGCAUUUGGGAUGUUAUGUCAAAUGAUGAACUCUGCGCAUUCAUAGAGUAUAAGAUGAAAAUAACUCCCAGUCUAGAAGAAGUUUGUAAUCAAGUAGUGGAUACCUGUUUAAUCAAGGUAAAUGGUUAAUUCUUUUUUUUUUUUAACACUUCUUUGAUAAUGAUAAAAUAGGAACUAUUUACUUAGAUAUCUAGUGAUAAAUUAAUGUUAAAAUGUUAAGCCAUCUUUGUUACAUUUUUUUUUUUUGUGUAACCAUUACAAAAGUUAUGCAUAACUUGAUUUUAUUUCCAGACCAAUGACCAUAAUAUUUUAACAUUUUUGUUUCAUAAUUACCCUUACAAUCCAUUAAUGGAGUUAAUAUUAUUUUGUCAAUUUUAUUUUUGUAAUGAAUUGAUACAUUUUUUAAUACUUUGUUUUACAAAAUUUUGACAUUUUUAUCUUCAGGGCAGCAGAGAUAAUAUGAGUAUUGUAUUAAUAGCUUUUGAAGGAGCACCGUCCGUAACAGAGGAAUCUGUUAAAAAAGACAAGGAACUUGAUGAAAGAAUUGAGUCCAAAGUUAAAGGUAUGUAUAUAUUAAUCAUUUUUAGAGUAAGGAGAGUUACCAUCUUAAUUUUCUGUAUAUAAAGUUCAAUUUUUUUUUAUUAUGAACAAACUGAGGUGUUGAAGAAAUUUAAUUUUUAAAUUAUAUUUUAUUAACGAAAUGUUACUUAUAAUUGUUGAUUUUAGACUUAGAUUUAAAUGCAAUGCAUGAAUUUUUUACGGUAUAGAAAAAAAAUAUCUGCUUGUCUUCAAAAUAAUUGGUGUCCUCCAGGUCCAGUGACUAAAGCUCAAGUGCUAGCUUAUAUUGUACAGUUUCAGUGAUGUUUUACUGCCAAUUUAGUAGACUCAUCUUAAAUGUCUUAAUGCAAAAAUAUCAAGGACUGUUUUGUUUUAUUGAUAAUAAGUUACAAUACUUCAAAAAUAUUUUAUAACAAAAAGAGCAACAUUAAUGCUCUUAGAAAAAAUACUCUAGGCAAAAUAAGAGAUAAUAAAAAAAAUAAUAACAUAACAGUUAUAAUAAAAUGUUGUAAUUUACAUUUAGCUUCUUACUUUAUUUAUUAGAAAUUCUUGAAAGAGAGCCACAGGAAAAUCAUGACUUUGGUUAUGUUUUGCAUGCUGUUGCUGAGGAAUUACAUGAGCAAUUCCCCCCUGGAGGGGGCUUUCAGAGCAAGUAAGCUAGAAAACAUAAAUAUAAAACUCAUUAUUUUUUUUUAAAGUAAUAUUAAGCUCAACUAUUACUCUUUAUUUUUUGAUUAGUCUUGUGAACACCCUGAACACAUUAAAUGCGUUUGUACAUUUUCUAAAAUUUAAAGACAGUUUAAUGAACAUUGCAUUGUAUAUUUUCAUGUGAUGCACAAACUGACCAAACCUUAUUAAGACAUCUAUUAAAUGUUUACUUUUUUUAAAAUAUAUUCUUUAUGUAAGAUUAUGGGAAUUAAAUGACUAAAAAAGUUUUUUUUUUUUUUAAAGCAAGGAUUAAUGUAGUAAUAUACUUUGCAUGUUUAUUUUUCUUUACCAUUUGUUUACAUUGUCCGCUUGAUUUUAACUCAAUUUGAAUUAAAUUAAUGCAUGAAAUCUUCUUUUCAGAAAAUCAGUUAUUGAAAGUGUGUACCAUAAACUCAGUCCUAACGAUGAACAAGAAGUGAGUAAUAAUUAUUCAAUUUAUUCAAUAUAGAGUUUUUAAAUUCAAUAAGUCUUUUCUUUUUCAAAGCACCAAAUUUAUUAGGUAUUGUCGAUAUUCUUCAGACUGAAACAAAUCAAUGUGGAGCGAGUUAUUAAUUUACUGUAGCAAUCAUUUGGGGCUAAUGAUUUUGAUGCUGACACCUGAUUAUACCUAUUUCUGUGAAACUUUCAACCAUAGUUAUUCCAGAUUUCAGUGUCAGACCAGAAUUCAAGAGCAGAUAUAGUAAAAAAAAAUUUCACUGUCUUAUAGCACAGGGGUCAGCAACAUUUUGAUAUUAGCAUCCCAAAGUAAAACUAAUUCCUUCAGCUUGCCAAUAACUUAUAAGUCUACCAUUUGAGGCGCAUUUUUUUAGUCAUUUAUAAUUAUUCUUUGGUCUUCCCCGUGUCAAUGAAAAGUUCUAUGUGUCCCAAGUAGGUUGCCAACCCCUGUUAUAGCAGAUCUAAUAAAAGUAAUCUUCUUUAUUGUAUUUAUAGAAAGCUGUGUAUGGUCAAUCUCUUUCGCUUUGAACAACUUUGGAUUUUGAAAGUGCUUAGUAUUUGUCAGCUAAGGUGUGUUUUGUAAUGAGCAAUUUUCAAAAAGUUCAUUUUUGUGAAUUUUAUUCAAAACCUUUUAGACUGCCGCAUAUUGGAGAAAAUAAAAUGUUCUGUGGCUUUAUAAUUGUGUUCAUGGGAUUAAUAUUUGGUUACAGUCCCAGGUUUAAAAAGAGUUCGUCAUUGUAUUUGCUUACUGGUUGUGAAACUACCACAUAAAGGAUUAAAAUAAUUCUUUCUAUUGACUAAUUUCAAUAAUAUAGAAUAUAUAAAGUGAUUUAUUGCAUCUUUUUUUUACUUUUAUUAUAAAAAUCAAUUCUAUUGUAUUCAAAAUUGAUAGUGAAACAUUUUGUAUAGGUGCCAGGUUAAUUUUUUACACCCAGAAAAGCCAUUUGUUGAUAGUGGGGAAAAUGUGUUUGCUUUGUUUUGUGACAUCCCUUUCAUUUUUACUUCUUGUUUACACUUUGUAGCAAUGUGGCCUGAGUUUGAAGUUUAAUCAAGUCAUUGCACAGUUGUUUAAUUAUUCUACCAAAGAAUUAAAACAAAAGUUAUUAUCCUCAUUUAGUUUUUACUUUUAUUAUAUUUUAAAUGAAAUGUACCAUGCUCAAGUCAAUUUAAAAACUGGUUUCUUUAUUUGCUUCUUCUACUUUGCAAUGAAGUAAAAUUAUGUAAAUCUCUCAACAUAAUAUUUUGUUUUAUUAGAUUUUUUAAUUUGUAUAAAACAUUGAUAUUGAUGUUGUAAAAUCACUUUUUUUUAGCUGUAUAUAUUCAUUCUUUUAACUUUUUCUCCACACUAUUCAAGCAAACAUUGGUGAAAUAAUUUUUUGAAGUAUACAUUGUUUUUCUUUAAUUUUAGUUCAGUUAUAUUAGCUGUAAUACAUUUGUUUAAAUAAUGAAAUUGUGAAGGCAACAGUUUCUUAAUUGUUAUACUUCUAACGGUAAUGUGGUACAAGAUCACUUGUCAGUUCAAAGACAUUGGUCAACUUUUCUUGACUAUAACAUUGGCUAUAUGUUUGAGCUGUUAUGGAAACUAUGUUUGUAUGAAAGUCAGCAUCAAAAUGUGUAUUACAUAAAUUAAAUGUUUUAACAGUUUCAACCAGUAGUAGUUUUCAAUGUAGCGCUUUGUUUAGAAACGAAAGUGGUUGAAAGAGUGUGUGUGUGAUGCAUACUAUCAAGAUAAAAGAACUUAAAAAAUUUGUAUGUAAAAUUUUUAAACAACAAAAAUGAGAAUGGAAAUUGAGGACCACUAGAAGGUCAAAAGCCAUUAUGAUGUUGAUUUAAAUAACAGUUAGCAUAUAUUUUUUUCUUUGUGUGAGAUGUUCAAAUCUUAUGUUUUCUUAAGAAGCUGAAGAAAUAAUUUUAAGAUCUCUUGAGAAUAAAUAAACAAGUAAAAGUCAAUCAACGUGAUUUUUCUGAUCUGUGGAUUGCAUCGAGGCUUAACGCUUACUUUUCCUCUGAUGGGAAACCUAAGUUUUUACCAGUUCCAAACUGCCAGUUAGCUUGGUUUGUUUAUUCUGUCGCUGAAGACUAAUGUAAAAAAAAUUUAUGAAUGUAUUAAAUUUUAUUUUUGUAAUAGAGUAAAUAUUAAAUGUCCUUAUUAAAAAAAAUUUUGCCAAGAAAUUGUUUCAAAAUUUUUUAAUGGCUUUUUUUUUUUUUUUUUUACCAAGAUUAACACUAAUUUCAUUAACUAUGUGGCAAGAUAAAUUUAUUUUUCUAUAUUUUAGAGUUUGUACUUCACUUUAUUUAUUUUUUUAAUAUUUUUUUUUUUUUUUUUUUUUUUUUUUUUUACCAAGAGUAACACUAAUUUCAUGAACUAUGUGGCAAGAUAAAUUUAUUGUUCUAUAUUCUAGAGUUUGUACUUCACAUUAUUUGCAUCAGAAGUGUAGAGAACAAGAUAACAAAUGUUAUUUUGUUUGUUUCUUAUUUUGUUUUCAUGUCCUCAAUACCAUCAUGUCAAAGAAAUAAUAUUCUUGAGCGUAAGAUAAUUUAAUAUACUGUAGUUAAUUGAAAAGAUAGAAUUGUGUACAAACUAACUGCUAAAUAAAUAUAAGUAAAUGAAAAUGUAAUUUCUUUUUAAGACAAACAUUAUACCAUAAUUUUCAAAGAGAAUAUGGAUAAUAUGAGCUGAAAUAAGCAUGAAGAAAUUAAUUUUUAUAGUUCUGCUGGGGUGGGAAUAAAUGAAAAUGUGGAGUUUGAAACUGUCUGAAUGUAAAUCUACCCACAAAUUAUCUGUUGCUAAGCCCCUCUAGAAAUGUUUAUUAUAUUCUUUAGAACAAAUUCACAUUGGUUUAUGUGGAAGUGCUUUUCUUUUCAGUAAAUAAGUGGUGUAAUAAGAUGUUUCAUAUGAAAAACAGACAGGACAAUGAAACAGACGUUUUGGCUACAUGCUUUCUUCGUAUAGAUUUAAAUUAAAAAUAAAACUUAUAUUUUUUAAGCUCUCAAUAAUGUCAAUUUAGCUUAAAAUUUAUAAGCUCAGGAUAUAGAGGUGAUUCUGGUCUCAGGCUGUUUCUUAUGAUUUUAUUUUCUGCUGAAGAAGGCAUCGAGCUGAAACAUCCAUUUCUUUGUCUUGUCUUUGUUUUUUGUUUUUUCAAGCCUAAAAAUAUCUUGUCACUAUUUAUUUACUUCAUGCCGCUUUGAACGCAGUCUCUUAUAUAUUUUUUCCUUUUAAGUGUUCCUUUCUCAAUGCAAACUUCUCCCCGACUUAUGCUUAUGCUUACAGCUUUUAAAAUUGCUAUACAAAAAUCAAAAUUUUCAUUUGGCCUGAAGUAAUAUUUCACUUUUUUGGAAAUACAAAUUGGUAUAAAUGUAACAGAAAGCAACCAUGAGGCUAUCGAUGACUUAAUGAAUUUAUAACUCUCUUUUCAUUGUAAAUAUUUUUGUGAGCUACCAAUGUCAUGUACAUGAUCAUGCUUUUUAAAAUACCACUAGCAGUUCAUUCCAAUACAGUUUAACAAAUGCUUUUUUUUUUUCAAAAUUAAAUGAUAAAUAAAUUGGAAAUCCAUAGAACUCUGGUAAAAAUUGAAAAAUUAAAUACAUUUUCAACUGUCAUUCUUAAUGGGAAAUGCCAUUAUUUUAUUGGCUUUGAGAAAGUUAAAGUGGCAAGAUGUUAUGAAAUUAUGGCACAGAAGCUUAGAGGCUUGUUUAGAAAAGAUUUAUUUCCAAAAUGUACUACCAGUCUUCCAAAUUAUAGGAUUGCAAAAUCAGUAAACUUCUCUUGUAAAGAUACCCUCCAAAAAUAUGUUUUAAAACAUAAGUCAUUUGAUUAUUCAAUCUAAUGCAUCCUUUUUGCCAUAACGUUUUUAAAAAUCUUUUGAUUCAUUGAAUGUUUCUUUUAACUUGAUUUUUAAAAAUUGCAUUUAAUUUAAUUCUGUUGAAAUACCGGUAUAUAGAUUUGUAUUCACUUUUUGUAAAUGAAAAAAAAAUGGCUUCUCAACUAAUGCACGAAGUUGUCUAAAGUUGGUACUUCAUUUUAAUUUGGGAAAAGGUCAUUGUCUUACUUGCUCAAUUGAAGGAAUAUUUCUUUUAUUUGUGCAUCACAACUUGUUUACUUUCAGGGAGGAAUACAUCUUUUGGGUAACAAGAGAAAGAAACCCUCCUUGCUCUAGAAGAAGGCAUACAAACCUCAUCAGGCUUUGACAGAUCAGCACAGUAUCAACCACUCAUUUUUAAUCUUGCCUCUAAAGAAAAUUUGUAAUGGUAGAGGGGCUUGGCUAGGAUUGUUUAUCUGAGGAGGAUAUUGGACCCAAAAAAUUCUUUCAUGUGCUACCAGCCCUUGAAGAACAUUCUAACGUGUUAUUGAAAAUUUGUUGUUUCAGGAUGAUCUUGCGUGAUUUCUAGCCUGCUGGUGGAUGACAACGAUGGUGAGGCAGCCACAGAAUUUAGAGGCAAACACAGAGAAAAGUAAAAGCAAAUGUGCAACCAAUAUCCUGAUGGUGACCUCAUUUUCAUCUAUAUUUUUACCAGAAGGCCCGAAACCGGAUUCACUUCUAUAUCCAGAGCUUAAUAAAUUUAAUUUAGUAAGUAACUAUUAUUAGACCGAUUUUGAGGCGGUCCGUUAUUGUUUAACUAAUGGAAAAUAGUAAAAUAUAUUUGAGCCUCAAUAAAAAUUGAAUCCUUUCAAGUUUUGAACUAAUGGAGACUCUUUAAAUCUGCUGGCUUACAAACUAAAGCUUUUUGAUUUACAAAGUACUUCCUCAUUUGUUAUAUGCAGAGAUUGCUAGUUCCCUUAUAUUAAUAGUAUAAAAUAUCUUUAAACUGAUCUAUGUAGCCUCAGAAGCAAAAGAAGUUAUACAGUUAAUAAAUACAUUUAACAGAUUCACAUGCACUAGGGCUGUUGAUGCAAAAAGACCAGCAAACUUGAUUUUUAGUGAAAGAUCAAAGAAAAUGAGUGUGUAUGAUAAGGUGCUAUUUUUGCUUAUUAUUGUCACACUAUCUUUUGUUCCUGCUAAUGGAGAAAAUUCUUUUAUUUUUAUCCACUGGCACCAACAGACACCCAAAAAAAAUAUUUUAAAAAGUAAAUAAUUCACUCACAACAAAAUUUAACAUAAAUCAUCCAACUUAAAAUUAUUAAUUGGAAAUUUCAAAAUUGCUUUAGAGGACCAUUCCGUGUAAUGUAUUCCUGUAUUAUCUGUGCUAAAGAAUAGGUUGAAUGGUACAAUAAAAAAAAAAAAGAUCAUGGUUGCUGGUCAUUAACAGAAAUAAUAUUGUAUAUUUGCAUUAAAAAUGUGACAAAAAGUGCAGUUCUGUUUAUUAUUUUUUCAAACAUAAAUUUAAACUCAUAUUUAUAGUUUCAGAGGUUUAUAAAUGCAUUUUUGUUUCUCAACAUUUUUUUUUUUUAUAAAGAAUUAUGUUUAUUGUUACCCAGUUAUUUUGUUUGGACACAAUUUAUCAGUUGGAAUUAUAGAAUGACUUGAUUACAAAACUUCAAUUAUACUUCAUUAUUAAAUUUUCAUCAUUAAAUUUUCAUUUUAUAUUUUUUUUACAUAAAAUAAAUAAUUUCAGAAGUUGAUUUUCUCUAUCUUUUUUUCUUCUAUUUCACCAAAUAUAUACUUGUCAAGUUAAUUUUUAUUUCAUCCAAAAAAAAAUUAAGUGAAAUCAUUUUUUUUGCUGACAUUGUUUCUGGUCGUUGUUUAGGUCAAGUUAUUUCAUUCAGAGAAUUUAGCCAUCAUUUAUUUCUACCACUGCCUUUGCUUGAUAAGUAGCAUUAUUUUAAUUUAUUUCAAUACUUGAAUUGAAAUAUAAAGGGGGGAAAAAAAGGCAAUUAGUGUAUGAUAAUUUCAAUAAUGUAAUUUUAUUGAGACAUUCAAAGUCAUGUCACAUCAUUCAAUAUGUACAUGAUUUUUGCAGUCCAAAUGAAAUUUCUGCAACUUUACUAUAAAUAAUAUUUUGUUUAGAUCAUGCAUUGUUCAUAAAUGUUGAGAUGGUUUUUUUUUGUUGUUUUUCCAUUACAUAUUAUUGUUUUUGAGUGAAAGUGGUUAUGUAGCUGCAUGUUGGAAAUUACAAAUGUUUACCAACUAUGACUAUGGAUUGUGUCACUUUGUGCUUAUAAAAUGGCUGAAUGGAUGGCCGACUCAUCUUGAGUGUGAAAUGAGAAAUAGCAUUGCCUGCAGGUAUGAAGAAAAGGUUGUUUUGUUACUACCUCGUGAGUUGUAUCCCUAUAAGUUAAGUUUACUGCAGUCAACCAUGCCUCUAUGGAUGAACAUUAGCUUCCUUUGCUAUAUAAAAGAUAUAUAAAAUGAUUCCUAUUAACUCUAACAUAUAAAUUAUCACUUAUCAACAAUAUCCACUAAAAUUUUACAAAUUUUAUUUCUAGUUUUGUGUGUAUUUACUUAAUUGGGAUUACUGAGUUUUUUGCUUUGUUAGAAAUAGUUUCAGUUCAAACAUUUUAACAAGUCUAUAAUACCAUUAAAAAUCCAAUUGUAACUUGCGAGCUUAAUUUUUUUAUUUUUACAGCAGCAAGUACUUCCAUGCAUAAAUUGUUGGAAAAAAAUUAAUUGCUUUAUUUUUACGACAAAACAGUUUUUAAAAGAACGUAAGUACCUAAAAAAUAUAGCUUUCAUUUAUAUUGCAACAAUCUUAGAGAUUAAUUUGAAAUUUUUUGGACAGCUGAUAUAUUGUUAACAAAUAAUAACAAACAAAUUUGUACUUUACUGUUGCUGGUGAAACUUUUCUGAGGAAUUGCUUUUUUAAUUUUGAUUAUGAACCUACUGCCGAGUCAUGGUGAUAACAUAUAUUCUUAGAGCAAUAAAUUUCCAAAUAUGUCUUCAAGUAUUUGUACCACCAUUUUUCUUUAAAGUUCCACAUUUAAUGGUGCUGAAAUAGAUAUCCGUCUCAUCAAUUAAAAAUCUGCAUUAUCUAGAUGAAGUGCAGCUGCUGGAACCUUGUCUGUCUGUUGUGAAGAAUUCAUUAAUAUUUUUCAAACUGUUUAUGAAACAAUAAAGUUAACUUUAAAAGCCUCCAUUUUUAAAAAAAUUGCAUACUGGUCUAGUGUGGUCAAUAAUAAUUUUAAUUUUUAAACUGCUAAUUAGGUAUUACAAAAGACAUUGGCGAAAGUCAUGAAGUAGAUAUUUUUUCUUUAAGUAACAGAACAAUGCAUUAAUAUCUUCUCUCUUGUGAUAUCUUGUGACCCUCACAUUUUAUUUCUGUUAAUAAUGCUCACACCAUUAAAUCAUGUUCAUCAUAUUAUUAAAGCUAUUUUACAUAGAUAACACCAGGUCUAUUCUUACUUAAUAACCAAGUUAGGUAUGUUUUCAAACUAGAUUUGUUGAAGAAAAUUGUUUAGAAAUUACAUAAAGUAGAAAUAGCAUGCACUUGUAGGAAUAAGUAUAUUUGACUGAUGAAUUUAGGGAGGGCUUGAGCUAUAAAACAUUGUUAAGAAAUCUUCAGCAUUUUUAGAUUUGAACAUGGUAAAAGUUUUACAAAAAAAACAAAAAAAAAACAUUUAUACAUUUUGAAAAUUAUUUUAGCGGCUACUUUAUAUUGAUUGUUUUGUUUUCCUCAGAUAAUUGUUUAUGAAUGCCAUGAGUGUUUGUUAUUUUUGAAUAAGUUUGUUAGUUUGCUUGAGAUGUGUAUAAUUUUAUAAGUUUAAUUAAAUUUUAAAAAGCUGUUUAUCCGUCUUUAUAAAAUGUUAGUUUAUUGCACGCUGUACAUGUCUCAUUUUCGUUGUCAUUAAAAUCACUACUAUUCAUUAUCACCAAAGAUAUAACAAAAAAAUACAUUAAAAUAGAUUUAAAAUAAAAACUGUUUCUUGUGGCAUUGUAUUAACUAUUAAUCACUGAUAGCUAGUACUACUGACAGCUUUCCAAAUAUCACUUGGUCCUGACAACUUCAUUCAACCACCACUUAACGCUCAAUCUUACCCUUACCAAGCAUGUAACCACCACAUUUAUAAUGAAAACAUGAACUGCCUAUUUUCUGUUUUCAUCUAAUCAAUUAAAUGGAAGUGAUUGGUAAAAGCCAUGGGGUAUGAAAUUUUUUUUUUUACAAUUCACAAAAAUAAUGACUUUAAAAAAAGAUUAUUUUAUAAAAAAUUAAUCUAUUCAGGUCAUCCAAAAAUCACCUCCUGACCUGUUGUUCCCAUAGUUGCCAGAAUUCUUAUAAGAUAUUUUAUAUCUAAUCCUGUAUUUUUGUAUGUGGUGUAUAAUUUUGAUUUAACCGUUAAGCCCAGGCAAAUAAAUAUGUAAUCUCAUGUUUUUUUCUCAUUUUGUUCUGAUAUCACUGAUUGGAGUAUUUAUCAUUUUUAGCUUCAGAAACAGUUUAGUGUGAUUGAGGUUUUUCUUUCCAUUUUGACUUGUGUGGAUAUGAAAGUGCUGUAGCGUCAUUGCAAUAGAACAGUGUUAGUAUUAUAUUUGUUCUGCAGAUGACUGAAUUUUGAAAAACAUUUUAUGGCAUUGCUGGUUUUUCAUGGGAUUUGAAUGACCUUUUUUUUUAUGUAUAUUUGUCCUUAUAUUGAGUGUUUAAUAUAUUUUUUAAUGUGUGCAGUUGUGUACAGUAUUGUGAGCAAGUUUUUUUGUACAGUUGUGUACAUGUAUCGUUUUAGAUUUAAUUAUAGAAAACUUUUAUCAAACAUUUGUCAAAGAAUGAUGGCCACCCUUAAACAUAGUAAAAUGUUAAAAUUCCAGACUUAUUUAUUUUGGUCACUUUGGAUGAAUCCUGUACUGAUACUAAAAAGCCAACAAUGCCUUUGUUUUUAGCUAUUUAAAUGCUUACUGUUAAAUAUAUAUAUGUUCUUGAUUUGAAAAACAGAGCGUCCAAAUCACAUUUUAAAAUUAAUCUAUUUCUUCACUUAAGUUAUUUAAAGUGAUAUGGCCAUCAUUUUCUUUGGCACAAAAUCUGGAAUGUAAUUUGCCUGUUGCAAAUUGUAGAAAUUAAAAUUUCUGAACUUUU